AUGUGUCCGAGCUGUACCACGGCUGGCAUUGGCAGGACUACUUGGAAGAGGAUUUGCAGGCGCAGUGGCUGCCGGCAGCCUGCGCGGACGUGUAAGACCAAAGCCGGCACUUCUGGAAGCAAGUACUGUUCUGAAGAGUGCGGUGUUUUGUACUUUCGAGAGAUGGUUGCGCGGACAAGAGGAACCGAGGAGAAAGAGGACGAUAUUGGUGCCAGAGGCGGAGCACUUGCAGCUGGAGAAGUGAAGGCUCUAAUUGAUGCUGCUAGGAAUGCCGAAGAAUUCAAGAAGCUGGGCAAUGGCGUAUUGAGCCCUCCAACUACACCUGACGGGAAGAGAGCGGACGAGUUCACUGAGGCUGAGGCAGAAUCACUUCAUCGCAUUUCAGCUCGCAAAGACGUCGCCAGAAGUCGACAUGCACUCUUGAAAGAUCGCCUGACCUUUGUCACCAUGGUGAAGCAAGCUGCCACUAGGAUAGCAGCUGAGAAGGAGUUGAAACCAAAGGACUACUGCGGGUACGAUCCGCGUCUUGAGUGGACGGAGGAACGCUUCGAACAGUUUCGUAACAGUAAGAUUGGACAGCAAGCUUUCGAGCUGCAGACUCUUGCGACCGAGAAGAACGGCGUUAAGGACGACGGAAUCGACGAGGAUGAAGAGAUGCCUACAAUUUGCGAUAAGAAGAAGUGCGCACGUCACCUUGACUGGGCGAAGUUGGCUGUUGAUGAUUUGCGAUUCGAGAUGGCCGACAACGGAGACAAGAUGCGCGGUCUUGAUAAAGAAGAGAAAGAAUUGCGAGAACGCGCAGCCCUUCGUGCCAAAGCGGGAACCUUCAAUGGUGAAGGCACAGUAGAGGUCCACGGGUUGGGUGUUUCUACGGAACCUGCUGUGGGGGGCUCAAGCAUGGAUGUCGACGAAGCUGCGCCAGCGACAAACGGCCACGCUGACACAACGAAGCAGCCCGAGCCGAUGGCCGUUGACACAGCCUGA